AUGCCUUCAUACAAAGAACUGCGCGCUCAGGGUUUUCUUGAUUACCCUGCAGCAUAUCCCACCCCAGCCAUCAGCAACCGCAGUGAGUCUGUCUACAUUCACAAAAGAGUCAAGUGGACUGGCAACUUCCUCGAAGCCGAACUCGAGCACAUCGAAGUUCCCGCAAACAACUUUGCAUCACUACUUCCCGCCCGCACUACCACACAAGACUGUACCUUGAAAGACGUCACAAUGUUCUCUCACCAAUAUUCUUUCGGCAAGCAGGCUCUUGCUGCUACCUACCCCGCCGCACCAGAGAGAGACGAAAACGGGCUGUUCCCUGCCAGACCCGAUGACCUCCCCACUGAACCCCUGAGACCUACUGAAGAUACCACCCGUGAGAGAGUCUUCGGUAAGCUCAUCACAAACGAGAGACCCCUGACUGUCAAUGAGAGUAUUGUCCGCGACAGUCAGUAUCUUGUCGACUUGCACAGAUGGAGAUCAUGGGCCUCGAGGAUGCCCGAGGAGUGGAACCUCCUGAACGCGGAGUCUUACAAAGUCCUCAACAGCAUGGUGCCGACAGCCGCCGAGUCGCAGGCCGACAAUGUCGACAAGAAUUCGCAGAUCGUGCUCCUCUUCCUCUGCGUUGGAUUGCUCCUGUUCUUCUGCGGCACGUCAGUUGUUCAGCUCCUCCCCCUGGCCGCCCUCGUCGUCGGGGUCAUUCAGAUCAACAACCAGGACAGCCUCGACCCCAUUGGUUUCUUGAGCUUUCUCAUCCUGAAUCCCACCAGCGCUCUGCAUCUCGUCGGGUAUUGGGCCGUCGGGAUGCUUGGUGUCGUCAUGGUGGUCAUCUCCUCCCUUGUUUCCUCUCUUUUCUGGCUUCUCAACCAGUUGGUUGCCUCCUCCGCAGGCGCCAACUCCAGCUCUCGCCUUGUUCUUUUUGACAUGAUUGCUUUUGUGCACAAUACAAAGCAUGACUUCAUGAGGAGCGUCUCUGUGAAUCGGUUGGGUCUCUGGCUUGGUAUAGGACUGCUCGCAUACUCGAACAUCAAGUUGAUGCAAGAGCCCUCGUCUACCUGGAUCCUUCUUUGUAUGGUACUCUGCAUCUUCUUGGUGGUCUGCGUCAUGUCGUCCUUCGUGGAGCGCCCGUACAGCGCAGCAAAUGACAGCAACCCUGUCAUCCCUCCUCCCACAGCCAUUCCUGCUACUCCUGCUGCUCAGAUUGUCCCUAACCCUCGCGUAGCGACAACACUGUUCGGGCGCAGUGGCGUCGCCUUCGCCGAUCCACUGUUGACCCUGCAAUCAGACAGCAUAAAGUUGCUUCCCGAUGGUCUUCGCCCGAAGCCACUCGUUCACGACUUUGGCACACCAACCCGGGGUCCCCUCAGCAAGGACUUUGGUGCUCGACGUACCCCUCAGGGGUUGUAUCAGGUUCAACCCACCUUCUUCACUUGUCCACCGAGGCAAAUCUUUACCUGA